GAGUUAAACAUGUGUUGAGUUUAUUUUAACUGAAGAGAGAAGCUGAAGAAACUGAAGUUAACUUCAGGGCGAACCUAGGAAGUGCCACUACACUACCCAACAACCGGCGCGUGAGUGUGGUGAAUAUCACAAAGAAAGCACACAGAACUACAAAAACAACUUAUUCAAGUUCAACGAAGACAAAACCACUCUGUUCUUCUUCAACAACAUUUGUUUGUUCCAUUCUCCCAGGUAUCAUGCUCCUAACAACCUUAACGUGAACCCUUGUUUUCAGCUUUCAACAUUCAUCCCAAAACCAUGGCAUCAUCAAUCUCAGGCAUUUACACCUCUUCCCCCUCUCUCAAAAGAUUCCCAAACCAAACCCCACCGUUGACCCAACCUCUCCGCAAAGAUCACGUCUCCUUCCACGCGCGCCGCGCCGAUCGCACCCUAAGCCUCACCGCGCCGCGCGCGGUGGCUCGGGAGGUUUCGGAUGGGGCGGCGGUGGCGGCGAAGGGGUUGGAGAAAGAUCCGCGUGCGCUGUGGCGGAGGUACGUGGAUUGGCUGUACCAGCAUAAAGAACUGGGUCUUUACUUGGACGUGAGUCGGGUCGGGUUCACGGACGAGUUCGUAAGGGAAAUGGAGCCCCAUUUUAAAAGGGCGUUUGAGGCGAUGGAAGAGUUGGAGAAGGGUGCGAUCGCGAAUCCCGAUGAGGGACGCAUGGUGGGGCACUAUUGGUUGAGGGACCCUAAGCGCGCGCCGAGCUCAUUCCUGAAGACGCAGAUUGAGAACACUCUAGAUGCUGUUUCCAAGUUCGCUAACGACGUCGUUAGUGGUAAGAUUAAACCUCCUUCGUCACCGGAGGGUCGAUUUACUCAAAUACUGUCUAUUGGAAUUGGAGGUUCUGCUCUUGGACCACAGUUUGUUGCAGAAGCACUGGCUCCUGAUAAUCCUCCACUCAAGAUAAGAUUUGUUGACAACACGGAUCCUGCUGGAAUUGAUCAUCAGAUUGCGCAGCUUGGGCCAGAGCUAGCCUCAACACUUGUGAUUGUGAUUUCAAAGAGUGGAGGUACCCCAGAGACUAGGAAUGGUUUGUUGGAAGUACAGAAAGCCUUUCGUGAAGCAGGCUUGGAUUUUCCGAAACAGGGUGUUGCUAUAACACAAGAAAAUUCUUUGUUGGAUAACACUGCCAGAAUUGAAGGCUGGUUAGCGAGAUUUCCUAUGUUUGAUUGGGUGGGAGGCAGAACGUCAGAGAUGUCUGCAGUUGGCCUGCUUCCAGCAGCCCUACAGGGCAUUGAUAUCAGAGAAAUGCUUGCGGGUGCAUCAUUGAUGGAUGAAGCAAAUAGAAGUACUGUGUUAAGGAAUAACCCUGCAGCUCUGCUGGCUUUAUGUUGGUAUUGGGCUACAGACGGUGUAGGAUCUAAGGAUAUGGUUAUUCUUCCAUACAAGGAUAGUCUGUUAUUAUUCAGUAGAUACUUGCAGCAGCUGGUCAUGGAAUCUCUAGGCAAGGAGUUUGACUUGGAUGGUAAUAGGGUUAAUCAAGGAAUUAGUGUUUAUGGAAAUAAAGGAAGCACAGAUCAACACGCCUACAUCCAACAAUUGAGGGAGGGUGUACACAAUUUCUUUGUGACAUUCAUUGAGGUGCUACGUGAUAGACCCCGUCAUGAUUGGGAACUUGAACCUGGUGUCACUUGUGGUGACUACUUGUUUGGUAUGCUACAGGGAACAAGGUCAGCUCUGUAUGCCAAUGACAGAGAGUCCAUCACAGUUUCUGUACAAGAAGUGACACCAAGAACAGUUGGUGCUCUUAUUGCACUCUACGAACGAGCAGUUGGAAUUUAUGCCUCCCUUGUCAACAUAAAUGCUUAUCAUCAACCUGGUGUGGAGGCUGGUAAAAAGGCAGCUGGUGAAGUACUGGCACUUCAGAAGCGAGUGUUAGCAGUGCUAAAUGAGGCAAGCUGCAAAGAUCCCAUUGAACCAUUGACACUUGAAGAAGUAGCUGAACGUUGCCAUGCUCCUGAAGAUAUUGAGAUGAUUUACAAGGUUAUUGCGCACAUGGCUGCCAAUGACAGAGCACUAAUUGCUGAAGGCAGCUGUGGAUCACCUCGUAGCAUCAAGGUUUUUCUUGGGGAAUGCAACAUUGAUGAAUCUUAUGCUUGAGUUAGACUAAACGACAUUCAUAAUGCUACAGUUGGUUGGGUUUUGAAUACGGAUCAUUGGAAGAGAAGUUGCGUGCAAUAAUUUAGUUUCAAUGUUCAAUCUCUAUCAUUAAAGAAAGUUGAGAUUUCUGUUAAGACAUUCUUGAUAGUGUUGAGUUCUGGUGUUCUGAAUUGGAACUACAUGUAACCAGCUGGAGAACCCAGUGGAUAAAUAUAAUUUAAUAAACUGUUCUUUUUUCUGCCUA